CAAUGGCAACGGUGUGCGCCGAGUGAGAGGGCCAAUACAGUUAUCUAUCCUUGUUUUUAUACAGUCUGAAGGAAAAGUUAUUUCAAGCUGAUUCGACUGAUCUCUCGAGGAUAAAUUUUUGCUAUUGUACUUGUAGAAUUAACUAUGCGCAGUGCGCUUCGAAAAGGAUAAAAGCUGACAAAAUUUGCUAUCUCUCUCGGCGCGCACCGUACCAUUGUGGCUCUCGUUCCAGUAUGUAUUCAAUGGAUAAGAGAAAAGAUAAAAGUCAAGAGUCAAGACAUUUACACGUAUAUUUGAAUUGACAGUAUUAUUCCAGUAGUAUUCUCUGCAGUUAUGACUUGUUAUCUUAUAAAGAAGUGUAUUAGCAUAAAUUAUCUCACCUAUAUGCUGACUCGUGUUCAACCAGUGUUUUGUAUCCAAAGAUGUGGCUAUGCUAAUAAUAUAGACAUAAAUUUGAGUGAUGGACCAGUCAGUACUUUGAAGAAAAAAAUAACGAGAGGCGAGUUGAUGAAUGAUGCGCAUCAAAUGAAAGUUGUACAAAUUCUACAGAGAAUUUAUGAAGAUGUAUAUAAUUACAAGCCACAACAAUUAAAUUUAUUAGAAAAAUGGUUUGGUAGCAGGAAGAAAGACGUACCAAAAGGAUUAUAUAUUCAUGGAGCAGUAGGUGGAGGUAAAACAAUGUUGAUGGACCUAUUUUACAAUUGCUGCCAGAUUGAGAAAAAAAGAAGAGUUCAUUUUCACUCUUUCAUGUUGGAUGUACAUAGUAGAGUGCAUAAAAUAAAAAAGAUGAUUAUAAGAGAUACUACUAGUACCAAAUUGCAACCUUUUGAUCCAAUACCUCUAGUUGCAUCCAGUAUCGCGGAAGAGACUUGGUUAUUAUGCUUCGAUGAAUUUCAAGUAACGGACAUCGCGGAUGCUAUGAUAUUAAAACGGCUAUUCACAGAGCUUUUUGAUAAUGGUAUUAUAGUAGUGGCAACUAGUAAUAGGUCGCCUGAUGAUUUGUAUAAGAAUGGACUACAACGGGGAAAUUUCGUACCAUUUAUAAAAGUGCUGAAGGAUCAUUGCUACGUUAGUAAUUUGGAUUCUGGAAUAGAUUACAGAUUGAGAUCGGGAUCUGGAAACAAGAAAAUAUAUUUCAUAAAAGGCAAAGAUGCGGCAAACGACGUGGACAAAGUUUUCAAAUAUUUAUGCUCUAUGGAGAACGAUAUCAUACGACCACGAACAAUCUCCAUUAGAGGACGCAACGUCACUUUCCAGAAAACUUGUGGGCAGGUGUUGGAUUCCACGUUUGAAGAAUUAUGUGACAGACCUCUUGGAGCAAGCGAUUAUUUGGAAUUGAGUCAAGCAUUUCAUACAAUCAUAAUAAGAGAUAUACCUCAAUUGAAUCUGCGGCUUAAAUCUCAAGCUAGGCGAUUUAUUACUCUCAUUGAUACGUUAUAUGAUAAUAGGGUACGGGUAGUUAUGUCAGCUGCUGUACCUCAUACGCAACUAUUUUUACCAGAAAGUGAGUCUGAAUAUACUGAUGAGAAAAGAAUGCUAAUGGACGACUUGAAAAUUUCACAUGGCUCGGAAGAUCAUAAAGCAAAUAUCUUUACUGGCGAAGAAGAACUCUUUGCAUUUGAUCGUACUGUAUCACGAUUAGCUGAGAUGCAGACUUCACAGUAUUGGGAACAGUGGGAGCAUCAUAGAUAAUGAUAAUUUUAAAUAGGUGCAAGUAGAUUCGAUAGUUCUAUAUAAAUUCAUUUAUAUUUACAGCACAUACGUUGACGAUAACAUUUUAAUCAGAUGAUUUCACAAGCAAAAUUACUUGUACAAAUAUACUUUGUCAAAUAUGUGCUAUUACAAAUAUACUUUGUCAAAUAUGUGCAGUUAGCUUAGAGUGUAAUUUUUACACUUUGUGUGUCAGUAUUUUACUUUAAUAAUUUUUUGGA